CCAGCCAAUAUACCAAAGCGAGCGGACGGCUCCCUGCCAGCAGUUAAUAUGGCGCCGGUAGCGUCAGCAAGGGACGCGUGCGCCUUGGAGCGGGAGGCAGGACUUGUGGAUCAGGACCAAGGCACCUCCUUUUACCCCGUCCCGCCCCGUUUCCGGCGGAAGCGGCCUCAACAAGGGAAACUUUAUUGUUCCAGUUGGUUCUGUGAGGAUGUCGGUGAAUUACGCGGCGGGGCUGUCGCCGUAUGCAGACAAGGGAAAGUGCGGCCUCCCCGAGAUCUUUGACCCCCCAGAAGAGUUGGAGCGGAAGGUGCGGGAGCUGGCAAAGUUGGUCUGGCAGUCCUCCAAUGUGGUGUUCCACACGGGCGCCGGCAUCAGCACCGCCUCGGGCAUCCCCGACUUCAGGGGUCCCCAUGGAGUCUGGACAAUGGAGGAACGGGGCCUGGCCCCCAAGUUUGAUACCACCUUUGAGAGUGCACGGCCCACGCUGACCCACAUGGCUCUGGUACAGCUAGAGCGCGUGGGCCUUCUCCGCUUCCUGAUCAGCCAGAACGUGGAUGGGCUGCACGUGCGCUCUGGCUUCCCCAGGGAUAAGCUGGCCGAGCUCCACGGGAACAUGUUUGUAGAAGAAUGUAUCAAGUGUAAGACGCAGUACGUCCGGGACACAGUCGUAGGCAGCAUGGGCCUCAAGGCCACAGGUCGGCUCUGCACGGUGGCCAAGGCAAGAGGGCUGCGGGCCUGCAGGGGGGAGCUGAGAGACACCAUCCUGGACUGGGAAGAUGCUCUGCCUGACCGGGACCUGGCUCUCGCAGAUGAGGCCAGCAGGAAUGCUGACCUGUCCAUCACCCUGGGCACCUCGCUGCAGAUCCGGCCCAGCGGGAAUCUGCCACUAGCAACCAAGCGCCGGGGAGGCCGACUGGUCAUCGUUAACCUCCAGCCCACCAAGCACGACCGCCAGGCCGACCUGCGCAUCCACGGCUAUGUUGACGAGGUCAUGACCCAGCUCAUGAAGCACCUGGGGCUGGAAAUUCCCAACUGGGACGGCCCCCAUGUGCUAGAGAGGGCCCUGCCGCCCCUACCCCGCCCACCCUACCCCAAACUUGAACCCAAGGAGGAGCACCCUGCCCAGCUCAACGGCACAGUCCUUGAAGACCCCAAGCAGGAGCCCACAACUGAGCCCUGCACCCAGGACAAUGGCCCUGAGCCUGCCACCCCCAAACAGGAGCGGCUAGACAGCCCUGCCCCCUGCAGGCCCCCCAAAAGGCUGAAGGCUGAGGCAGCUCCCAGCUGACUAGGGUGCUUGGGGAGGGAGGGGCUUUUUGUACAAACCAUGGGUUCUUUUUUCCUUAUGGUCUCACUUUGUUACUCAUAUCUAUCCUCUGGGGACCUCAGGGCACUGACAGCCAGUAUUGGACUGGGCCUCUGGUAGGGGCCUGGGAAAGUUCCACACUCUGGAGUUGUCACCCAGGCACAUGCUGUCUGCCCCAGCACCCAGCCUGACUCAGGGUGUUCUGGGGAGGCAUGGCUGCGCCCUUCCUGGUUUCCAGCCUAAACAGGAAGGAGCUUUCUCUGUCCCCUGGGCUUCCUGUCUGGACCCCUUACCCCACCCACCCUGUCCCGGCUCUUGGGCUGCCUCCCCAGAGCUGACAUUGUGGGCCCCCUGGGAGGGAGCCACACCUCCAAGUGGGACACACAGUAGAGGUUUGCACUGCCUUGCAGAAUGGAGGGAGGGAGAGGUGGGUCCACCCAGCUUCCUCCAGGCUUCCAGAAAAGUCUUAAAUGCAAUAAAAACAUAACUUCCACACAUCUGAGUGUGUUUUAACUCCUGACUUGUGCCAGGUCCUUAUGCCUGGAGGCAGGACUGACUGGUCUUCUCACCCCUGGAGAUACCUGCCUAUGCUUCUGUUGAAAUUCUCACCCACCAGCCUGGGGAGCCUGGGAUGGAAGAAGGAGGGCUCACCCCCUAGGAAGGUCCAGAGGGGUCAGGCCAGGCCAGUUUUCUGAUAUUAAUGACAAUACCAGCAGCUGAUUUUUUUUUUUUUUUUUUUUGAGACAGAGUCUCACUAUGUUGCCCUCAGUAGAGUGCCAUGGCGUCAUACCGCACAGCAACAUCAAACUCUUCAGCUUAAGCGAUUCUCUUGCCUCAGCCUCCCAAGUAGCUAGGACUACAAGUGCCAGCCCUGGUGUAUUGUGGCCAGCACUCUAGCUGCUGAGCUACAGAAUUAUUCUUUUUUAGAAAUCCUUAUUCCAGCAUGAGAAGCUGGCAUUUCUUGAGCACUCAAUUAAUAGUUAUAUACUUACUUGCAUGUGUUUUUUUUGUUAUUGUUGUUGUUAACAUUUGCCCCUAGGCUGUGAGCCCCUUAAUUAGAGAGGCCGUGUGUUUUGGGUUCGAUUGCAGCCCUGUCACCUGGGUAUAGCCCAGGUUUCAUCCCUCCCUAGCCUGUGUCCUUGGGCUGUCACUGCACUUCCAAAGCCUCCAUUUUCCUACCCUUUAAACGAGCCUCAGGCAGGGAGCCGCUGCUGAGGCGCUAGAAAAGCCUUCCUGGGUUCGUCCUGGGCUCCGUGCACCUCCACGAGCUCUGCCGCUCUCCAAGGUGCUGAAGCAGUGCCUAGAGCCUCGCCUGCCGCUGUUCCAGCCUGAGAAUCCUGCCCCAUGCCUUACUCUCCCAGCCUUCUGGAAUAUAGGGGGGUUGGGGGGGUGCAGACUCCACUCUAACCCCCACCAUCUCCGCCUCUGCACCAGAACAAUAUUCUGUCAAAAUACUUUAUUAAGGAUCAGGCAGUCUUAGAAAAGGGGGAGAGUUGUUGGCCAUGGCCCUCAACAUGACCCUGGGGCCAGGGUCUCUGAAGUCUUGGCAGCUUCUUCCUCCCCAUGUGUGAGGGAAGGAGGGAGGAGACAUGGGGAAGGGAUCGCUGAGGCACCUGUUGUGUCUGUGCGUGUCUAUCUCUGUAUCUGUCUGGAUCUGUUUCAGGCUGUGUACAAUGCCCGUUUCCUUGUGCACUUGCUCUGUGAAAAGCUCAACCUUUGCCUUGUGUCUGCAGUGGCCUCUGUGAGUCCCUGGGUGUGUUGCUGUGAGUUUGUGCCUUCUCAUCCUGGCAUCUGUGCCAGGGUCUCUGCCUCGCUUCCUUAUCUUUGGGCCUGUCACUGU